AUGGAAUUUAAAAUGGAUCCGCAGGUCAAAUUGAACUCAGAAGGGAAAGUUCGCAAGUGCUGGAACGACGAAGAGGAUAAGGCACUUAAGUGCUGUAUUGAGCAACAUGGUGUCGGCCACUGGUCCGCCAUAUCGAUGUCCCUGCAAGAAAAGGUCGGUACAAAGCGAACUACAAAGCAGUGUCGAAAUCGCUGGUUGAAUAAAUUGGAUCCUUCUGUAAAUCGAGGAGAAUGGACUCCAGAGGAAGAGCAAACCAUUAGUAAUUUACAAAAGCAACUCGGAAACAAAUGGGCGGAAAUUGCUAAACAGUUAAAUGGAAGGACAGAUAAUGCAGUUAAAAACCAUUGGUACUCCACAAUGCGCAAGAAACUACGUAAACUAUAUAAAUAUAUCGGCGAUGAGUUCAACAAAAAGCCAGAGUUAAAGCGUUUGGCUAGUGAGUUCAUUGCUAUCAAUUACAAUAAAUUUAUGAGUGAGCAAAAUAUGAAAUCCUCUGAUAUCCGAAUUGUGUGUAGGUGUAUCGACUACAUGCUCAUGCACGACACGCAGGGCGAAUUGAAGAAGGAGACCGAGCGUAACCCGAUGCUCCCCACGAUGAGUGCGUUUGCAGACACGCUGUAUCACCAACCCUACAUAAGCGACAAGAAAGAAGUCUAUCUGGAGUUUAUUCGCAAAGUCCUCACGAUGUACCAGCGAAACAAGAACCUCUUCACCAAGUUCGCCCCGGAUGUCUACUUCGAGGACAUCAAGAACACGAACAGUUCUCUUCUUCCAGACUCUCAAAACGAUUCUCCCUUCGUCGAUGACAUCAAAAUGCAGGACAUGAUGCAUUCCGUCGCUCCCGUGCACCAUUCUCGAGGAAAGCGACGCCGUCCCAUGGAGGAAAGCCAGCUUGCCGCGCCGAUGAUGAACGAAAUGUUCGAUCCGCAAUACAUCUCCCAGAGCUCCACGUCAUCGAUGUUGAUCCCGCAGAUCUCCAUUCUGCAGCCGAUGAGCAGCAAUCUUCCCUCCAUGGUGCAGAUUCCCAUGUCGCAGAUCCUCUCGCAGCCGCAGAAUUCGCUUCUCUCCACGCCGUCGGUGGCUCCGUCGACGGUGGACGGACCCAUCGGAGUGAUAGACCAGGGAGGCAUCGAUGUGGGAAGCUCGGUUCCGAUGCCGUCGACGCUGGCGUUGGAUGUGAAGCCCGAUGAAAUGGCGCUAAAGGAGGAGGGGAAAGCGGUGACGUUCCAUUUGUGCCAGAUGGAGGAGGGAAGGAGCGGACAGGAGGGCGUGCAGAUGGAUGAUAAACGAGUGAAGGGAAUGUAUGUGCAAUGUUGUCUUGUUUGUUGGAUACCGGUGUGGGAGAAGGCGAUAGUGAUGGUGAGAAUAACAGUGGACAAAGAAGAAAGAAAUUGGCUGGAUAUUGAAAGUAUGAUUGGUGAAUUGGGAAGUUUAAGCAGAUGUUUAUUAUUGAAUAAUGAGAAGUAUAUAUUGGACUUUUAUUUCACAAUGAAAGAAAGAAUAUGA